CCACCUUCAAGCUUUCAUCAUUCACCACCACAAACCCUUUCUCUCAUUUCUCUCCAUACUCCUACUUGUGGGAGAGUAGUAUGCUAAAUAUGGAAUCUUUCUACUUCUGUAUAUGUUCAUGGAACCCAAACUUAAACUCAUGUAUCAACAACAACUCUACCUUCUCCUGAAAAACCACUUCUCUUAUAACAGUCGUUACCAAUCAGACCCCUAAAUAUGGAGGAAGAACAAGAACAACGUCGUGUUCUGUUCGCAAAAUACGAGAUGGGAAGGUUACUAGGCAAAGGAACAUUCGCAAAAGUCUACUACGGGAAAGAGAUAGCCACAGGAGAAAGCGUUGCGAUCAAAAUCAUCAACAAAGACCAAGUGCUUAAACGUCAAGGUAUGAUGGAACAAAUCAAAAGAGAGAUCUCAAUCAUGAAACUAGUUCGUCAUCCUAACAUAGUCGAGUUAAAAGAAGUCAUGGCUACGAAGACAAAGAUCUUCUUCAUCAUGGAGUUCGUUAGAGGCGGUGAGCUUUUCUCCAAAGUCGUUAAAGGGAAACUUAAAGAAGACUCAGCUCGUAAGUACUUCCAACAGUUAAUCUCAGCCGUUGAUUUUUGUCAUAGUAGAGGUGUGUCUCAUCGAGAUCUGAAACCUGAGAACCUCUUGGUCGACGAGAACGGUGAUCUCAAGGUUUCUGACUUCGGUCUCUCUGCUUUGCCGGAACAGAGUUUGCAAGAUGGGUUGCUUCAUACUCAGUGUGGUACUCCGGCGUACGUUGCACCGGAGGUUUUAAGGAAGAAAGGUUACGACGGAGCUAAAGCUGAUAUAUGGUCUUGCGGCGUUAUCUUGUACGUGCUUCUCGCCGGGUUCUUGCCGUUUCAAGAUGAGAAUCUUAUGAACAUGUACCGGAAAAUAUUCAAGUCGGAGUUUGAGUUUCCGCCGUGGUUCUCGCCGGAAGCUAGGAGGUUAGUCUCUAAGCUUUUAGUCGUUGACCCUAAUAAACGGAUCUCAAUCCCGGCGAUUAUGCGUACGCCGUGGUUUCGUAAAAACUUCAACUCUCCGGUAGCUUUCAAGAUCGACGAGGUCGAGAGCCAAAACAUAGAAGAAGACACAACAGCUUUAACAACAACAUCGCCAAAGUUCUUUAACGCGUUUGAGUUCAUCUCAUCGAUGUCAUCAGGGUUUGAUUUAUCAAGUUUGUUCGAGAGUAAGAGGAAGCUAAGGUCUAUGUUUACGUCACGUUGGUCAGCGUCGGAGAUAAUAACGAAGCUUGAAGGGAUAGGUAAAGAGAUGAACAUGAAGGUGAAGAGGACUAAGGAUUUUAAAGUGAAUAUGUUGGGGAAAUCUGAAGGGAGGAAAGGACAGAUCGCAGUGACGGCCGAGGUUUUCGAGGUUUCCCCGGAGGUAGCGGUGGUUGAGCUAUGCAAAUCGGCGGGAGAUACUUUGGAGUAUAAUAGGUUGUAUGAAGAACAAGUAAGGCCGGCGUUGGAGGAGAUUGUGUGGUCGUGGCACGGUGAUAAUCAUAAUAAUAGUGUUAUUAAUAAGAAUGGUAGUAAUGUUAAUUAUGUUAUUAGUGAUGAUAAUUCUAGUUAAGCGAAUGUAAUGUUUAGUAAAUGUAAAACUGUUUUACUUUUUUUUGUUAAUCAGUUUGUUAACAUUCAAGGGAAGUUUUUGUAAAAUCUUGUAUAUAUAGAAGUUGAGGUUUAAUAACAAGAACUACUUAAAAACA